GGAUGAAAAGACAUAUGUACCCCUAGAUGAAAGGGGUAAAAUUAGGUCAGAAAUGAGCAGCCUAAAUAAAAGAGGGAGGAGAGCCUCUUUCUCUCAGACUGUUCGGAUAGAUCUCACACUCCACACAGAAACAAAAAGAUUCUAUUGGUGGAGUCCUCAAUCCAGGCCUCAAGUUGUGUUUAUAGUGUGACAACACUUGAAACCUAAGAGAAUCAUGGCAGAUAAUACUGAAGUGGAGGACCGUGUGGAUCUUGACGAUGAUAACUACAGUGAAGACGAUGAAGAAGUCAUGGAAGACGAAGGAGCUGGAGAUGUUGGUGAAGAAGAACCUCAGGAGGAUACCGGAAGCGAGGAUGGUGGGAAAGGUCAAUCUGCAGGAACAGAUAAAACGGAUAUCAGCAUUGGGGAUAUGGAAGAUAAAGAUAACUCAACAUCUCUUACCGAAGAGGAGAAAGAGAAACAUGCUGAGCUUCUUGAUCUUCCACCCCAUGGCUCUGAAGUUUUUAUUGGAGGACUUUCUCGAGAUAUUUCGGAGGAAGACUUGAGGGAACUCUGUGAACCCCUUGGUGAAAUCUUUGAGAUAAGGUUUAUGAAGAAUAGGGAUACUGGUGAAAGCAAGGGCUUCGCGUUUGUAGCCUUCAGAACAAAAGAUGAGGCGCAAAAGGCAAUUGAAGAAUUAAAUAACAAGGAAUUCAAGGGCAGGACUCUACGAUGCUCACUUUCCGAAACUAAAUACAGAUUGUUCGUAGGCAAUGUACCAAAGGGAUGGAGUGAAGAUGAAUUCAAAAAAGUAAUUGAAUCAACAGGUCCUGGUGCUGAAAUCAUUGAGCUAAUAAAGGAUCCUCAGAACCCUGGUCGAAAUCGUGGUUUUGCCUUUGUGGAAUUUUACAACAAUGCUUGUGCUGACUAUUCCAGGCAAAAGAUGUCUUCUGCAAGUUUCAAGCUUGAUGGUAACACACCAACUGUUACAUGGGCUGACCCGAAGAUCACACCUGAUCAUUCUGCUGCUACUUCUCAGGUCAAGGCCCUGUAUGUGAAGAACAUUCCUGAAAAUACAUCAACUGAAGAAUUAAAGGAAAUCUUCCAGCAACAUGGGGAAGUCACCAAAGUUGUUAUGCCACCUGCUAAAGCUGGUGGGAAGAGAGACUUUGGCUUCAUACAUUAUGCUGAAAGAUCAAGUGCCCUUAAAGCUGUCAAAGAGACAGAAAAAUAUGAGAUAAAUGGCCAGGUAUUAGAAGUCGUCCUCGCAAAGCCUCAGACUGAGAAGAAAUUUGAUGCAGCUAAUCCCCACAACUCUCAAGUUCCAAACUACAUUCCCCAUCCAGGAUUUGGUGGUAUACCUGUAAAUCCUUACGCCUCUAUAGCUACUGGAUAUGGUGGUGGUGGUGGUGGUGGUGGGUUUCAGCAGCCUAUGAUUUAUGGAAGGGGACCAAUGCCAGCAGGAAUGCAAAUGGUGCCAAUGGUAUUACCCGAUGGUCGAAUUGGCUAUGUUCUACAACAGCCCGGUGUACAGAUUCCUCAGCCUGUUAGACCUCGGAGAAAUGAUAGGGGCAAUAAUGGUGGCGGAUCACAAGCACGUGGAGGGGGCAAUGGCGGUGAUGAUAACAACCGUAAUAGACGGUACAGGCCUUACUAGAAAUGGGAGUGAAUCGAGCGAGCUAUUAUGUAACCUGGAUUAGCUAUAGAUGAUUAUAACCCUGAGCUACUUUUUGGUUAUAUCCAAUGAAGGUGGUGAAUCUAAGCAAAAUUCAAUCCCUCUCUAUUGUUAAUUUCCAUUUUUUUUUCCGUUUGUUGAAUGGGAAAGAAUGUUGGUGA